UUGGCGGAAGGAUCUGAUUAGAGUAGCGCAGUGUGCGUGAUGCGGUAGCUGCUCUCUGCCGCUGCUGCAGGAGGAAGACCGAACCGCUACCAGCACCACCUUUCAGUUUCGCCUUCAAAUUACACCAACCGGCUCCGUCACACACAGAACACCGACUGAAUUAUUACCCCAAGGCGUCCCUUAUUAAGACACCGGAGGGGUUGGUCGCGUCGAAAUUGACGAAGCGCUGUUUUAAUCGAGUAUAAGGCGGGUUUUGUGUGUUUUUGACAGCAGUAACAGCACAACAAUGGCUCUGAAAAGAAUCCACAAGGAGCUGCAUGAUUUGGGCCGUGACCCACCUGCUCAGUGUUCAGCGGGCCCAGUAGGGGAUGACAUGUUUCAUUGGCAGGCUACAAUAAUGGGACCAAAUGACAGUCCUUACCAGGGCGGAGUGUUCUUCUUGACCAUACACUUUCCCACAGAUUACCCCUUCAAACCACCAAAGGUUGCAUUUACCACAAGAAUCUAUCACCCAAAUAUCAACAGCAAUGGCAGCAUUUGUCUGGAUAUUCUGAGGUCACAGUGGUCACCGGCACUCACCAUCUCCAAAGUUCUCCUGUCCAUCUGCUCCCUGCUGUGUGACCCCAAUCCGGACGACCCCUUAGUACCUGAGAUCGCCCGCAUUUACAAGACUGACAGGGAAAAGUACAACAGAAUAGCUCGGGAAUGGACACAAAAGUAUGCGAUGUAGUUUUGGAGUUAGAAUCAUGAUGGGAGAAAAUUACAGCUCUCCAUCUUAAGGUUAGGGGAGAUUUUGAACGUUCAAAAGAU